GAUCUAGCUUUAUUUGCUUUGGGGUGUAUGUGUGAGUGGGGAUUUCGCCCAAAGAGGUUCCACUUCCUCUUGAUUUCAAUGAAGAAGAUAAAACAUGAAAGCCACUGUUGAUGAAAUAGCCUUUUUCUUGGAAAACGUUAUUAUUUAGUGGCGUUUGCAGAGAUUUUGUCUUAAGGAAGAAGACGAUAGUCUCAAAAUGGUCACCAAUUCCGAGGAGAUAGACCUUACUCUCAAGCUUUCUCUGGAUAAGCCUCACGCAGAAAACGCAGAAAAGCUUCUGACAAUACCUUCAUCAUCAAUAAGUGGGGACAUAAGCAAGAUUCUCGUGGGAAGUGGGGCUAGUGGGGGUUCCUCUGUUUCUUCUCUGCAUAAGCCUUGCUCGCUGCCAUUGAAGGCCGAGAAGAUUGAGUUUCAGGACUUGCAGACGAUGAGAAGACCAAAAGAUGUGAAGAGAUUGACGCUACAAAAGCAGAAUAAGUUGGAAGAAGCGAAGAUAAAGAAAGAGAUAUCUCCGACGGUGUCGCUGCCACCGCCUCUUCUGGCAUUUGAUCGGCUAGAGGUGCCUUACGAAGUGGUUGCCAGGGCUGCUGCUUCUGUUUCCAAGAACCCUGCAUUCAUUCGUGCCCUUGCUCAAAUCAAAGAGGACUUGAAACUUUUGCAGGAUUUCAAGCAUAAGAGUGCAAGAGGUUUGGCCAAAGGAGGGGCUACUUCCAGAUUCCUGAGAUCUCCCAAGAAGGAGAAAGAUCCGACGGUGAAGGAGGAAAUACCGGCCAGGCCUGCUGAAUCCAUGUUAGUAAAUCCUCUUCAGAAAAAGGUGAAGCUAGAGCAUUCCUGCUUGCUCAACUACUUGGAAUGGUCCCAGUAGGAAUGGUUGAAUACCAGAAAGUGUUUUUUUACAAAGGAAAUAACACUUAGGAACUCGUAAUAUUGACCUUCACAUGGACUAUAUGAAUGGGUUAUUGUGGAUAUUUUCUUAAACUUAUAGAUCCAACGUUCCAAGAGUGUUUUGGAUUUGUUAUUAUCUUUGGACGAAACGACCUUUAUGGAAUCCAGAAUCCUACGUUGUGCACUUGGGAUGCAUCAAUGGCAAUGUAAUUUUAUGUCUUUGGAAGAAAUUUUUAGAGUCCUUAAGGUGUUAAUAUUAUGAGUUAUACUGUUAUAGGUAGGUCAUUAAGUGUCAUUUUCCCACUUCUUUACUGGCGUGACAAGGCCAAAUUUGCAUUAUAUGUAUCUGCCAUGGAAACUUUGGAAG